GAGGUUUGGGAUUGCACCUGGACCAUGAACGGGACCUUUCUCAACCAGAGUCUCCUGGAGGCCGGAGCUCACCCAAACAGGACCCAGGGCUUGGGGAUGCUCAUGGCCUGCUGCAACGGGACGGGCGCCGUGCUGGCCACCGAAGGCGGCUCCGCCGUCCUCGCGCCCGACGAGCGGAGCCUCUACAUCACCCGCGUGGUGCAGAUCGCCGUCCUCUGCGUCCUCUCCUUGACGGUCGUGUUCGGCAUCUUCUUUUUGGGCUGCAACUUGCUCAUCAAGUCGGAGAGCAUGAUUAACUUUCUGGUGAAGGACCGGAGACCUUCCAAGGACGUGGGCGCCGCGAUCAUGGGGCUCUACUGAAGCCC